AUGACGCGGGAAAGCUGCCAUCGUGCCCUCCGUCGGUCUGCUCCAGUUGAUUGUGUCGGCUGGUCCUCCUUCGCCAAGAAUUGGACCUUUGCCAAGGAGGCGUUAGAGGUGAUGUGCGGUGAGCGCAUGACUGGUGUCCUCGUGGCCACGAAGAAUAAGCCAGGCACCAAAGCCUGCAGCAUACCCGCCAGCUGCAAGGGUUUGAUUACGCAGACGACAUUCUUGUCCCAGGAUGAGUUCUUCGCAUAUGUGAAGCAGAGUCGGUUCCUUUUUCUACCACAAGUACACGAUGCAUCUCCUCGAGUCAUCACCCAGGCCCUGGCGCUGGAUGUGCCUUUGCUGAUGAACAGGAACCUCAUAGGCGGUUGGAAAUACCUAACGGAGACCACCGGUGAGUUCUUCAGCGAUGCGACUGACAUCAAGGAGAGUGCUCAAAGGCUGCUGACCAAAGCUGCCGGAGGUCAAUACAGUCCCCGCAGGUAUGUCGACGAGAAUGCUGGGGAUCAAAUCUCAGGGUCACGCCUGCGAGAGUUCGUCGAGAAGAACUUCCCGGAUCGGGUGAAACUACCACAAGGAACGCGCCUCCUGUUCCCAUCUGGUGCAUGA